AUGGAUGGGAUUGUGGACCACGUGAACGGUGCACGCUUGGAUUCCAGUGUUCCUGGACUGGGAGCGUCAAGCGGCAACGGGACAGCGACAGAGCGGCUCAUCUUAUCACCCCGAACCAGACUGGUUCUGGAGAUCCUGAUGGUGCUGAUGUGUGUCGGUGCUGUGACAGGUAACAUACUCGUCAUUGUGACCGUGGCUGCAACCAAGACGUUCCACUCGGUGACGUCCGUGCUGAUCAUCAACCUGGCCAUCAGCGACCUCCUAGUGGGCGUGGGAGUAAUGCCUUUUGUGGCCCUGUCAAUCACGAACCCCGGCUGGGUGGGCAGCACCGACCUGUGUCUGUAUGUGGGUUACACCUCCUCGGUGUACUGCACCGCGUCCGUGCUGACGCUUGCCGCUAUCGCCCUUGACCGCUACCACGCCAUCGUGGACUGCCUGCGCUACAGCUCCCGCUGCACCCUGUGGAGGACCUGCGCCGUGGUCUUGUGGAUCUGGCUGCAGGCCCUGGCCUCCAGCUGCCCCCCUCUGCUGGGCUGGAGCUCCGUCAGCUACGUGGACCCCGUGUACAGCUGUGCGGUCAACUGGGCCAGCAGCCCCAGCUACACGGCCCUUAUGGCUGCCCUCUCCUAUCUCAUACCGGCUGCAGUCAUCUUCUUCUGCUAUUUUAACAUAGUUAAGGUGGCCCAGAGUCACGCCAGGAGGAUCCACACCUUGGAAGACCACCUUCUGCGUGGCAGGAGGACCAUCACGUCGGACCUCUCGUCCUUCCAGCAUUGCGGAAAUCCCAGCAGUCCCUCCAGACUGGUCUACCACCUCAGUGGACGGUUUAUAUCUGAGGUCCACAGUGAGAAGAGCACUGUGGACCCCCCCCUCUCUGACUCCGCCGACCCACAGUCCUCCUCCAGCCCUACUUCCCGACGUUCGUUCUCCUUCCUGGCUCAGAGGGCCUUGCCGCCGCCGCCACACCCCCAGCAGACUGCCCAGCAACAGCACCACCACCACCACCCCGGAGUGGUGCGUCUUUUCCUGGUCAUCUCAGCUUUCUUCCUGUGCUGGACCCCUUACAUGGGUGUGGCGUUGGUUCAGGCCACAGAGACUGCCCUAUCAGGAACAACCAGCCUCCUCCCACCCGCUGCCGUUACCUUCUCCUAUUGGCUGCUGUUGCUGAACUCGGACAUCAACCCUCUCCUGUACGCUCUACUGAGCAAGCGCUACCAGGGGGCCCUGCAGAGCCUGAAGCAGAAACUAAGCGCCCGCCUGGGGACCGUGGUGGGGAGGGCAAGGGAGGUCGCUGCUGAGGCAGCCGAGGGCAGAGGCAGCGGCCCGUGCACACUGAGCACCCAGCACCCCCGCCCCUGCUCCACCUCGGAGACUUCCGCCGGCCACGAGGCCGGCCAUCCCUCCCCCGUUUUCACCGUUGACACCCGCUUUAAGCAGCACUCCGGCGAGCCCCUCUGCGACGCGUUUCUCCCUGGCGGCAGCUCUCCGUCCUGCCCCCUGCGGCGAGACUCCGGUUGUGACAGGCCGCUGGAUUGCCUGCAGGUCCCGUGUCCGACAGAGGGGGGCAGCAGACUACCUUUCUCCGCCCUCACCACGGAGACACAAGCCACUUUUUUCUACGGCCAGAUCACAGUGAGAGUGGAGCAUGACGUCUGCUAG